AUGCACUACUAUCCAAUCUUCUUGCUCUCUGCCACUCUCGCUGGUAUGAACGCUGCGACAACCCGAGACCAAAACCCGCUCGGCGAGGAGUGGACGAUCGAGUCGAUGAAGCGAGUUUGCAAUGAUAACGACACAAGUUGCACUUGGACGUUCCGCGUCAACACCCACACCGAGGGAAUCAAGCCCACCCCCGUGGAAUACAUCGUCGAAUCUACGAACAACACGACCGCGUCCCGCUCGAUUGGUGGUCCAUCAAAGUUUGGAAUAUUCACCGUCACAAGUACAUGGAGGGACUACUUUGGGCUGGAAGGUGCAUGGACAACGUUGAGUGUCAUCGACUACGGCAGGAAGCUGUUGGUGUACCCUGCCUACACAGAUAAGCAGGUUAAAGGGGGUGAAGUUGUCAAGCCUGAUCAGGUCUAUGUUCCAGAGAACGUCCCAGCUUAG